AAUUCUUGCAUUGCAUCUAUCCUAAGCAUCAUCAGCAUGACAGCAUCUGCAUAAACCGGCCAAAAAGUAUUCUCACGCAGCCACGGGCGAUCCACGGUCGUCCUCGUGCGGCCGUGCCGUCCAGAGCUUCGGUUUUUAUACGCACAAAUCAUGUCAAUCGUCAACACACCAUCGAAUUCGUCCAAAUAAAGCUGCUUCCUUUCCCUCCCUCCCUCUCCCGCAGCCUCCAGCCGUCGACGUCGUCGUCGUCGUAGCCUGCAGAGCCAACAGCCAAGAACAACACAAGCAGCUCGCGCGCCACCACCAAUAAUUAAUCCAACCCACCAUGGCGGCAUCAGCGAGCCCCCGCGCCGGCGGCGGAAGCUCGGAGGAGGCGUACGAGGACCUGCUGCCGGUGAUGGGUGAGCGCCUGGGCGCGGCGGGCCUGCUGUCGGAGCUGCGUGCCGGGUUCCGGCUGCUGGCGGACCCGGCGCGGGGCGCCAUCACGGCCGAGAGCCUGCGGCGCGGGGCCGCGGCGGCGCUGGGCGUGGCCGGGAUGGCGCCCGCGGAGGCCGACGCCAUGGUGAGGGAGGGCGACCACGACGGCGACGGCGCGCUCAGCGAGGCCGAGUUCUGCGUCCUCAUGGUGCGCCUCAGCCCCGGGAUCAUGGCCGACGCGGAGGCAUGGCUCGAGGAGGCCAUCGCCAACGAGCUCGCACGGGAGCAACUACAAGGCACCCACCUCUCCGGCGCCGGCGCCGGGGGCAGAGGCGCGGCGGCUCCUCCGCCGGCUAGCCGCCGAUCGGUUUAAUAGCCCAUCAAUCGGCCACCGCGCAUGCACGUGUUUUGAUUAGCCUGUGCCGUGAUUGUUUGUUGUAACUACCGUGCUGAUGACGAUUAUACUACUACUGUGUGACUGUUCUUCGAUGCAAUAAGUAUACUGCAACAUGAUGGGACUAUGUGCGUUAUUUCGUGUAACCUUGGUUUGAAAUUUGGUGCUCAA